AGCCAAAAUGUUGGCCAUCCUGUCUGUGCUGUUUUUAUGUUUUUGUAAUCCGGUUUUCGGCGUUUUUCAGAAACUUUACUGCAGCAUUUCAGAGAGCUGUGAAUGCGACUUUAAGCCCAACAUCAGAGACCUGGAGUGGGACCUCUACAAGAAUGUUUACGGACAACAUCUGGCGCAGGAAAUAGUAUCAGAGGAGGUGGCAAAGUUCCUUCAGAAUAAAAGCCCAGAGCGGCCCCUGGUCCUGUCCUUUCAUGGCUCCUCUGGGACUGGAAAGACGCUCAUCAGCUCCAUGCUGGGGAACCAUCUGUACGGCUCGGCGAUGAGCAGCCCGUACGUCCACCAGUUUGUUCCCACGCUGCACUUCCCUUUACCGGACCGGGUCAGGGAGUACAGGGAGGAGCUGAAGAACUGGGUUCAGGGGAACCUGACGGAGUGCGCUCGCUCCGUCUUCUUUUUCGACGAGAUGGAGAAGAUGCCUCCAGGUCUCAUAGACGUCUUGGAGCCCUUCCUGGGUCCGUCCCAUGUUGUGUUUCGCACCAACUACCGCAAGGCCAUCUACGUCUUUAUCGGCACCACAGGAGAGGAGGUGAUUAACCAAAUGGCUCUGGAGAGCCGGCAGGCCGGACGGGACAGAGAGGAGAUCAAGUUGGCCGACCUGCAGGAGGCCAUCGCACGGACGGUUUACAACAGCACAAGCGGCUUCUUCCACUCCAGCAUCAUCCAGCAGAAGCUCAUCACCCGCUUCGUUCCCUUCCUGCCGCUGAGCCGGCGCCACGUGGAGCGCUGCGUCCGCUCGCAGCUCUGCCAGCGGGGCAGCUGCGGCCGCAGUGACGUGGUGGAGGCCGUGGGGGGCGACAUGACCUACACUCCCGUCCAGGGACAUUACUUCUCCACCACGGGGUGCAAAGCCGUCCCCGCCAAAAUCAACCUCUUCCUGUGAGCUGAUUGAGGACCUGAUUUUUAAGGACUGAAAGAGGAAACUCCCUCUGAGGUGAGUCAGUGAGGAGAAACAGAGCUGAAUCUCCCACACGGAGGUCAGAGCCGCAUCAAGGACGACUCCUGCACCUGGAGACGGGGGGAUUGAACUCACAGAAUUCAAAGCAGCUGUAAAUUCUGAGGUUCCCUGAAGGCGUCGCCGGUACACGUAAAGCUGUGAGCACAGGAGAGUUUCCUCCCUGAGCGUUAUCCAGCGUCUGAACCGGGUGUGACGCCACGCUCUACCUCAAACCCAACUGUAACGUACGAACUCUGACGUUCUCUCGCGCUCUCAGAUUUCACUCGGCUCGCCAUCAAUUCUCAUCAGUUAAUUUGUUUUAAAGCCUAUUUAUUCCAUAUUUGUUUGUCUUCGUCUCCACGCCGUCCUCCUCUCACUGUGCCAUCACACUGUGUCCGCAGCAGAUCUGCCACGAGCAGCUGGAGCGUCAUCUGCUCGCCCGUCAGCAGCUCUUUUCUCACUCACACACAUUUUCGGGUGUUUUUUUGGGAGUUUAACUAAAAGGGAUCAUAAAGUAUUAUUUGAUUUUAAUACACCUGAAUGUUUAAAUUUGUGUAGAAAAAGAUCUUUAUGGUCAACGCAAAGUUUCAAAGAGCUCCUGUGAUGUAUGAUCAUCAUCGAUGGUGCUGAACCAGAUUUAGUCAGUCAGUUUUCCUUUAACCCUUUGAAACCUGGAGUGACAUCACUUUUCUUUCAGGUUAGUGAUCUGCUUUCAGAUGCUUUUCACAACUAAUAAACCCGUGAACCCGGAGCAGAUGCAUGGAGCAUAUUACCUCAGGUUGCCUAUUGUCUUUUUUUUCUCCAUGUUUUUUGGAAGGAAAAAAAACAAUAAUCAACUUUAAAGGAAAUGUCCAUAAAUUUGUAGAUUUAGAAAAUUACUUUUAAAAAGCAA